UGCCGACGAACGACGACAGAUUGCAGGUGGAUUCCCAACAGUGCAAGUGUCUCUACGUGCGAAGUUGUGCGCACGAAUGAACCUGUCAACAUUCUACGGAAGAAUCUUACUCAUAUACGAGUACAUCCCCAAAAAUAACUCAUAUCUUCAACCUUUAUACGUCCACAUUAUAUCUUCCAAUGGCUACGAUAGAGGAAAGAUUUUGUCGUGAUGAUGGUGACUGUUCCGAUAAACAAUACUGCUAUCAUGUAUCGGAACGGUGCGUUGAUUAUACCCAAUGUAAUAGGUAUAAUAGACUAGAAAAUUAUGAAAAAAAAUCACGAGAUCCCUCUCAAUGCGGCCCCUGCCUGACUGGCUACGUCGCCGAAAAACUUGGUACAGGAGAAAUGGCAUUAUUUUGUAGAAAAACUAACGCUCAACAAGAUAUACCCGUAGUAAAACUGGACAACACUAUGAUUAUCUAUUCAGUAAUGGGAACAUUCCUAUUUGGUAUAAUAGCUGUUCUUGGUAUAUUACUGUUCAAAAGACGAAGAUCAAAACGGCAAAGAAAUAUGGUAAAACCGCGCGAUGAACUUGGCGUGAUGGAACCCACUGCCCCGCCAUUGGAAAAUAGCCCUUUCAUUAGAUGCAAAGAAGGGUCAUCUCCUGUACCAUUCAACAAUAAUAAAAUUUUGAAGGAUAAAAAUGAUCUUGUGCGUGCAGUAGGUUUCAUACCUCCAAGUUGGGUUCGUACGAAUUCUAAUUAUGAAUAUGAUAUGAGUAAUGACAACAUAGAUGCAAUAGGACAACAACAUCCUGUGUCUGAACCAACCGAUAAUCGAUCUAAUAAUUUGAUGCCAGAGCAACUAGCACAUGAAGUUACAAAUGGAAAUUUAGCAGGAUAUGAAAUCGAACAAGCGGAUAAUAGUUUGAACACAAUUUUAGUUCAAGCAAAUAAUCCUUCUUCAUCUAACGACUCGACUCAAGAAAAUAAUAAUAACAAUAAUAAUAAUGGUUCAACAUCAGAAUCAAGUAAUACUCAAAAUAAUAGAGAAAAUAUACGGAUAUCAAACAUUUUGAUUUCUCAAAAAAUAUCUAUGAACGUGAAUCUAUUGAAUGACGAUUGUUGAUCUCAAAAAAUUGUGAUUAAAUAUGUUAAGCAAGUGCCUUUUACGAAUGAAGUGACAUAAUAUCUUGACGUUAAAAAUUAGAUAAAUGAUAAAAGAUUACAUUUUAAUAUGCAAACGUAUAUGUAAAACUUAUCUUGUUAUAUAUUCAUUAUAUGGGCCAUAAUAUUUCAGUGAUACGUAGUUCACACUUGAGAAAACGAUAAUUGAAUUUUAAGAUUAUCAGUUAAAAGAAGGUCAGUUCUAGUCAACACAUAGCUAACUACUAAAAUUUGUUAUUUAAUUACAUAUAUUAUAUCGAAAAUUAUAAUUUUAUCUCUGUUCUUUAAACAUAAUUCAAAAUGCUUACUAAGCAAAAUUUCGCUUUUUUUCUAUCUGAACUUAAAAUGAGUUUACAUUCUUCACAUAAUAUGAAUCACAUCAACAUUAUGGCCACUAGUAUUUUAUCUUUCUUUCUCUUUUGUUACUUUUGUAAGAUGCACACUUUCAAUUUUAUUGAUUUACAAUUUAAUAGUAAGAUUUAACUUUUAAAUUCAGUAGACAAAAACGUUUGAAACAAAGCAAAUGAAUAAACAUUAUUUAUGAUUAUAAAUUAUUCCAAUUUGAUGUUGAUCACUACUUAAGAACGUUUUGUAUGUAUAUUUUUAAAUAUUAUAUAAUGGAUUCUUGAUAUUUUCUUAUAAUAACAUGCAAGAACGUUGAGAUUUUUUACUUACUUUUAUAAUUAAUAUGCAUGAUAAUUAUAUAACAAUAAACUAUUUUGACAUUUAUAAACUGCUCAAUAUCUUGCGACACAUAAUGGACGCAAAUGUUAGACAAAAAAGUACUAAGUUCGUAAAUAAUUUUUGUCAACCUACAGUAUUUAUAAUGUAUUAAUGUUUCGAGAAAUUAUAUUUGAGUAAUAAUCUAAAAAGAAAUUCUUUAUGUGAUUUAGAUGUAACUGAUUUUUAAAAAAACAAAAUUUCUUUGAGACAAAAAUGUCUAUGAACAUAUUAUGUUUCAAGAACAUAAUACACAUUAUACAUUUAGACAAUAUAGAUGUUAUUAAAAUAUUAUGUAAAGUACAAUAUAAUGAUACCUAUAUAAUUAGGUAUCCCUACAUUGUACUUUAUUUUACAUGAUAUUUUCUUUUUAUGUGCCAUUAUAAGUUACAAUAUCAUAAAUGAACUACAUCUGAAUCCUAAAUAUAAUCACUAAUGUUUAGUACACUUUUAUUAUAGUAAGACAUUUAUUGUUAUAAAUGACUAGCAUAUAUGUCAUUAAAUGAAGAUUUGAUGUAAAAA